CUCUACACCAGUCAUGCAACCACUCUCCUCAUCAGCGCGACGGCUUGUUGCCUUGCGCUCAAUACCAAACACCAUCAAACAUCCUAUCUCCCUACAGUCAUCACUGUCACGGCCUUCAUUUGCCCUUCGACAACAUCCCUUGCCACGCUACCCUUCCGUUCCGUUCCAACGUCACAAUUCAUCAUUGACAGUCCCCGAAGGACAACCCAAAACACCGGAAUCAGGCGACGAUGUACCUUCCUAUCAUCUGAGCUUCACUUGCAAGCCAUGUCUACACCGUUCAAGGCACCGAAUCACCAAGCAAGGUUAUCACUACGGCACCGUCCUCGUCACUUGCCCUUCCUGCAAAUCCCGCCACGUCAUAGCAGAUCACUUGAAGGUAUUUUUGGACAAGGGCAAGACAUUGGAAGACAUUCUCCGAGAGAAGGCGGAAGAAGGCCAAGAUUUCACAAAACUGCUAAAGAAGGGAAGACUGGGUAUUCGACCCGGUUCUUUGAUUGGCAAUGAAGGUGAAGAAGAUCUGGAAUUUUGGGAAGAUGGCGCUGAAACCAAGCAUAAACCCUUGGUUGGCGUGUUUCAUAAAUCAGAAGGGAAAAACGAGAACGCUGGAGACGUACGGUCUCGCCGGGAUGAUGACGAUUGAAACCAUCCCCAGAUGGCUGUGAUGGCCAGUUUUCACCAGACAUCAGGCGAGCAGACAGCCUCGACAGCGUCCCCAGCAUCAGGCUGCGAUUUAGAAAGCUGGAAGUCCUAUCUCCCGCGUCAGACUAAAGAUGGUAUAUGAAGCGGCAUUACUUCAGUCCUCCAACCGUCAAAGACGACUGCCUUCCCCGGGUCCAGUAUAGGCGCGGAUGCGCGCAGAUGUGUUCAUCGUGUACGAGACUCUCCUCGGAAGGACGAUCACCUCCAGGACAGGAAUCGUGGCGCCGUACUGUUCGAGGCCUGCCCCGGCAAUGAAUCUACGGAAGAACGAACACAUGCUGAAUGGCGGAGGACAUCUCUGCUCUUCAUGCAAUAUACCACUGCUGUUGUAUAAUAAUAUGUAUAUAGACCCGAGAGUGUAACAUAUCCUGUAACUCCGCCUGAACAAUCAACAGCCGCUCUGAUUAAUCA